CGGACAUAUUUUAGCGACGGACCAAACAGCGAACAGGUGAAAAACAGCAGGUUAAUUUACCCACUUGUUCGUUUGUAUUUUGUACAAAGUUAAAGAGCAAAAUUGAUGCUGGAAGAUGUGGAGAAGAAGCUCCGCUGAAAGCUCCGACCGGUUUGAAUAUUUACAGACUUUGGUGACGGAGUUUCAGGACACCGACAGCGAAGAGGCGAAGGAGCAGGUUCUCGCUAAUCUCGCUAACUUCGCUUAUGACCCAAAGAACAUGGAUUAUCUGAAGGAGCUGCAGGUGGCUGAUCUCUUCCUGGACAUGUUGACUGAGGAGAACGAGAACUUUGUGGAGUUUGGGAUGGGUGGGCUGUGUAACCUCAGCAUGGACCCUGAAUGCAGAGACGUGAUCCUGCAGAGCGACGGGAUCAACUUGGUCACAAACUGCCUGUCGAGUCGGAGAGAAGAGACGGUUCUGUCGGCCGUCACCGUCCUCAUGAACCUCGUCACUCCGUCGUCUCGCUCCCAGAUCACCCAUCCUUCCAUCCUGCACUGCAUGCUGCGCUUCUCGCUCUCAGAAAGCCCUCGGCUGCGGAACCUGGCCGCCGUCUUCCUGCAGGACUGCUGCAGCGAGGAGCAGGUGAGCCGAGCCCAGCAGCAGAUGGAGGUCCAGCAGACGGCCGUCGGCAUCCCGCUGCCCAAGGACUGAACCACGGAGAGGAGCUGCUUGGACUCCAUCAGCCAGCCGGAUGCAGGCGCAGAUCUCCUCCCCCAUACGAGGAUCCUCAACGCCGACCACCUGCAGGACACAAAACACAGUUUAGUUAGUGGACUGAAGAAGAAAAAACUAAACUCAUGAGGAGACAACAGGUGCACAGAGCCCAAAAUAAGAGCCAGAUAUGGACGAUAAAGUAUUAAAAGAUAAACCAAGAAACUUUUAAUUAUUUUUAUUUAUCCUUUUUUCUUUUUUUUGUACAGUCAUUUAAUUUUCUUUUUGUACAAAUGAAGAGUUGCUUCAACCCUGUAAAACCAUCUGUUGCAGAAAUACAUCAGUUUAAUUUUGUAUUAUAAUAAAAAAUAAAAUAAUAAUCUUACUAUAUAUUUUAUAUAGAAAAAGGAACAAAAAAUAACUAAAAUUAAAAAACAUAUAUAUAAAAUAAAUUUUUAUAUAAUUUUUUGAAUUUUCUCUCUCUCUCUAUAUAUAUAUAUAUA